UAGUCACAUUAGAAAUUGGUUGAAAAGUAUGGCAUACAGUGGCAACCAUUUUUUCUAAAGUUGCUAUUCCAAUAUAAUUUACCUGCUUUGCUCUUCCACAUACAAAAUAUCGGUAUACAGCUUGUAUAGUAGUGUAAAAAACACACAUACAUAAAAAAACAACUGAAAUAUCUCAACGAGUUAUAUCGUAAUUGAGUGUAACAUCUGAACAUGUUCAUACUAAACAUGUCCGUGACAUUUCUGUGUUGUAUGAAUUCAUAUGGAAAAUAUUUUAUAACGAAGUAAUUUUCUUAUAAAUAAGUGUCAAACUUAUUAACAAAAUUGUUAAUUAUCUUCGAAGAUAUAUAUAUUCGAUAUUUAGACUUUCUUUGAAUUCGUACAUUGGUAUCAUUCGUUAAAUUAUAUGACUCUGAAUCACUAAGUUGUGUGUAAUUUUCUGCUAUGCAUGAUUUUAUGUGACGCUCUAAGUGAUACUCUUUGCAAUGUAUUACAAUUAAAUAGUAAUUAAGAUUACUCGUUGGUACAAUAGUACAAUUAUAAUAAAAAACAAUGGCUGGUACCUUUGAUCAAUAUGAUAAAUCCAGUUGGUACUUUGGCGCUAUGUCACGCCAAGAUGCUUCUGAUUUAUUAAUGGGAGAAAAAGAAGGUGGUGUUUUUUUAGUACGUGAUAGUACGUCUAUUCAUGGAGACUUUGUCCUUUGCGUUCGAGAAGAUAGUAAAGUUAGUCAUUAUAUAAUUAAUAAAAUACCACAAGGUGAUCAAAUAUGUUAUCGAAUUGGUGAUCAAAUGUUUCCUGAUAUUCCACAUCUUUUGGCAUUUUACAAACUUCAUUACCUUGAUACGACACCGUUGAUUAGACCUGCACCGAAAAAAACUCAAAAAGUAAUUGCAAAAUAUGAUUUUGAGGGUAAUGAUCCAGAUGAUUUGCCAUUUAGAAAAGGAGAAAUUCUUACUGUGAUCUCAAAAGAUGAAGAGCAGUGGUGGACAGCUAGGAACAGUGUAGGUCAAACUGGAUCUGUUCCAGUUCCUUAUGUGCAAAAGUAUGAAGAGGACAGUCAUGCUAGUAUUGAAAAUAAUACACGAUUGGAAACAGGUGGCAAUACUUCUGCAUCUAAUUCUAAUUCAAUUCCUCCUUCUUUAUCACAUGUAUCUCAUCCAGAAACAGGAUCAGGUACUGCUACACGUAGAUCAAAUAUUCAGAGAACGUUACCUGCUUUUGCAAAAGUGAAACAAGCAAGAGUACCAAAUGCAUAUGAUAAAACAGCUUUAAAAUUAGAAGUAGGUGACAUGAUAAAGGUAACAAAAACAAAUAUAAAUGGCCAAUGGGAAGGUGAAUUACAUGGCAAAGUAGGUCAUUUUCCAUUUACACAUGUAGAAUUUGUAGAUAAUGAAACUGGUGAAGACAAUCAAGAGAUUUAACAGAAAUCUUCCAAAAAUAAUGUACAGCAUGUGUGAUCAAUCAAGAACAUUUUAUCACCUCAGUUUACUAGUAUUGCAGCUAUUUUAUGUACCAAUACAGAGAUUUACACAUCUAUGAUCAUAAAAACAACAUUGAUUUUUUUUAAGUCAAAAACGUGUGUGUGUGUGCGUGUGUGCGCGCGUGUGUGCGUGUGUGCGUGUAUAUUUGUAAGAGAAAAAAAAUGGAAUCAGAGAGAAUAAAACACACAUAAAACAA